AUGAGAUACCUCGGACUUGUUCUGGACAGUCGGUGGGAGUUCCGCGCUCACUUCCAGCGCUUGAUGCCCAAGCUCCUCGGAGCAGCAGGUGCCCUCGGGUAUCUCCUGCCUAACCUGGGUGGGCCGAAGGCGUCUUGCAGGCGGCUUUAUUUGGGCGUAGUCCGUUCCAUGGCCUUGUAUGGAGCCCCAGUAUGGGCCAACACCCUGAAAAGGCAGAAUAUCGCCCUUCUGAAUGCAGCUCAGAGGGCGAUGGCCAUCAGGGUGAUACGGGGCUACCGGACAAUUUCCUGCGAGGCGGCGCGGGUGCUGGCUGGAUCUCUACCCUGGGACCUGGAUGCGAGAGCCCUCUCGUCAAUGUACUUUUGGCGGGAGGAGGCGCACGGUCGGGGUGAAACGCCAGCACCACGCGAGGUGCAAGCGCAGCGGGAGGAAAUACUCCGACUGCUGUUACUGGAGUGGGAGCAGAGGCUGGCACAGCCUAGUGCAGGCUUGAAAACAAUCGAGGCAGUUCGUCCAGUCCUCCGACAGUGGUUGGACCGGCGACACGGGGUGAUGACCUUCCGGCUCACUCAGAUCCUCUCGGGACAUGGCUGUUUUGGGAGGUAUCUGCAUGCUGUAGCCGGAAGAGAGCCGACCGCCGAGUGUCAUCACUGCGACGGCUGCCCGGAAGACACGGCCCAGCACACGCUUGAGGCGUGUCCAGCCUGGGCGAGAGAGCGCCAAGAACUUGGUGCCGUUGUGGGGCGCGACCUUUCGCUGCCCGCUGUGGUCCAGGCCAUGGUUGAGAGCGAGAGGUCGUGGAAGGCGGUUCUCACAUUUUGUGAAACCGUCCUUCGAUCCAAAGAGGAUGCGGAGCGGGAAAGGGAGGCUACUGCCACUGUUCCCCGCACGCCACUCAUUCCCUAUUGUGAUGGGGCCUAUCAGGCCAUCCACUACCGGGUCGCGGAAGCAUGCUUCGGCGAUUCCCGGGUCCCGGUAACACCGUGGACGGGACGAAACACCGUUGGUUUUUAG